AUGGUCUCCAAAGUUGAAGACUCUAAGAGUAUACAGGGACCUGCAAUGAAAUCUCAAGGACAUGUUCACCCAAUUCUCCUCUCUCCUGCGAGGAUUUCAGAGCUGAGUAUGGUGUCUACAACAAGUGAGGGACUCACCAUAGGCGCCGGCUGCAGCCUGGCCCAGGUGAAGGACAUCUUGGCUGAGAGGGUGUCCGAGCUCCCAGAGGAGAAAACGCAGACCUACCGAGCCCUGCUGAACCACCUGAAGAGCCUGGCGGGCCAGCAGAUCCGGAACAUGGCGUCCUUAGGGGGACAUAUCAUCAGUCGGCACUGCUAUUCGGAUCUGAACCCAAUCCUGGCUGUGGGCAACGCUACCCUCAAUCUGAGAUCCGCAGGAGGCGCCCGGCAGGUUCCGCUAAGCGAGCACUUUCUUGCCGGGUUGGCGAGUGCAGACCUCAGGCCGGAGGAGGUUCUGGAAUCUGUGCACAUCCCUCACUCUCAAAAGGGGGAGGUGGUGUCGGCCUUCCGACAGGCGCAGUGCCAGCACAACGCCUGGGCCCACGUGAACGCGGGCAUGCGGGUCCUCCUCAAGGAGGGCACCGACACCAUCGAGGACCUGAGCAUCGCCUUCGGGGGGCUCGGGGCGGCCACCGUCAGCGCCCGCCAAUCCUGCCAGCAGCUCCGAGGGAGGCGCUGGAACGAGCUGAUGCUGGACGAGGCCUGCCGGCUGCUCCUGGACGAAGUCUCCCUCCCAGGCUCGGCUCCGGGGGGGAGGGUGGAGUUCAAGAGGACUCUGGUGCUCAGCUUCCUCUUCAAGUUCUACCUGCAAGUGCUGCAGACACUGAAGCCGCUGGCAGAGCGGCCCUCUGCGCCCGACAGCCUUCGAUAUCCUGACGUCUCAGACCCCUUCCUUAGUGCGCUGGAAGAUUUCUCGGUCACAGUGCCCCAGGGAGUCCAGAGGUACCAGAGUGUGGACUCUCGCCAACCCCUCCAAGAUCCGGUGGGACGUCCCAUCAUGCACCUAUCAGGUCUCAAACAUGCCACAGGUGAAGCCAUGUUUUGUGAUGACAUCCCCAGGGUGGAAAAGGAACUUUUCAUGGCCUUGGUGACCAGUACCAGAGCUCAUGCAAAAAUUAUAUCAAUUGAUUUGUCCAAGGCCCUUGAAUUGCCCGGGGUGGUAGAUGUGAUAACAGCUGAAGACAUUCCAGGUACCAAUGGUACUGAAGAUGAGAAAUUGUUGGCUGUAGAUGAGGUACUUUGUGUGGGUCAAAUCAUCUGUGCUGUGGCUGCAGAGACAGAUGUACAGGCGAAACGUGCAAUUGAAGAGAUAAAGAUCACCUAUGAAGAUCUGGAGCCCGUAAUCGUCACCAUCGAGGAUGCCAUAAAACACAACUCAUUCCUAUGCCCUGAGAAGAAACUUGAACAAGGAAACAUUGAGGAAGCAUUUGAAAAAGUCGAUCAAAUUGUUGAAGGAGAGGUCCAUGUUGGAGGACAGGAACACUUUUACAUGGAAACACAAAGAGUGCUUGUUAUUCCAAAGACAGAGGACAACGAACUGGACAUCUAUGUGUCAACACAGGAUCCAGCCCACGUACAGAAAACAGUGUCUUCUACUUUAAACAUCCCAAGCAACAGGAUCACCUGUCAUGUGAAACGAGUGGGUGGAGGUUUUGGCGGGAAAGUAGGAAAAUCAGCUGUGUUCGGAGCUAUUGCAGCUGUGGGUGCCAUCAAAACUGGUCACCCUGUUCGUCUUGUUCUUGAUCGUGAAGAUGACAUGUUAAUAACUGGGGGAAGACACCCAUUAUUUGGAAAAUAUAAAGUGGGAUUCAUGAACAACGGGCGGAUCAAAGCUCUAGACAUUGAGUGCUUCAUUAACGGAGGGUGCACACUGGACGACUCGGAGCAGGUAACAGAAUUCCUUGUACUAAAGCUGGAAAAUGCAUAUAAAAUCCAAAACCUCAGGUUCCGGGGCCGUGCCUGUAUGACCAACUUACCAUCCAACACGGCCUUUCGCGGAUACGGCUUCCCACAAGGAACCCUGGUAACAGAAUCUUGCAUCACAGCUGUGGCAGCCAAAUGUGGCCUUCUGCCAGAGAAGGUUAGGGAGAAAAACAUGUACAAAACUGUGGAUAAAACCAUCUACAAACAAGCCUUCAGCCCCGAGAACCUGAUACGAUGUUGGGACGAAUGUCUGGACAAGUCUUCCUUUGGCAGCAGAAGAAAGCAAGUGGAAGCAUUUAAUAAGAAGAAUUACUGGAAGAAGAAAGGACUUGCCAUUAUCCCCAUGAAGUUUUCAGUCGGCUUUGGUGCCACUAGCUACCAUCAGGCAGCUGCACUGGUUCAUAUCUACACAGACGGGUCUGUAUUGGUCACACACGGAGGCAACGAACUGGGACAAGGUAUUCACACCAAAAUGCUACAGGUGGCCAGCCGUGAAUUAAAAAUACCCAUGUCUUACAUGCACAUCUGUGAGACAAGUACAGCUACGGUGCCUAAUACAAUUGCUACAGCUGCCUCCAUCGGUUCAGAUGUCAAUGGCAGAGCCGUGCAGAACGCUUGUCAGAUCCUUCUGAAACGCCUUGAGCCCAUCAUUAAGAAAAAUCCAGAAGGUUCCUGGGAAGACUGGAUAGAAGCUGCUUUUGAACAAAGAAUCAGUCUCUCGGCCACAGGAUACUUCAGGGGCUACAAGGCCUUCAUGGACUGGGAGAAGGGGGAGGGAGACCCGUUUCCUUACUAUGUCUACGGAGCAGCCUGCUCUGAGGUGGAAAUCGACUGCCUGACAGGAGCCCACAAGAAAAUCAGAACAGACAUUGUCAUGGAUGCGUGUUGCAGCCUGAACCCAGCCAUUGAUAUCGGGCAGGUCGAAGGUGCGUUUAUCCAGGGCAUGGGCCUUUACACCACUGAAGAGCUGAAAUAUUCCCCGGAAGGUGUCCUGUACUCGCGAGGCCCAGAUGACUACAAAAUUCCAACCAUCACGGACGUCCCAGAGGAGUUCAAUGUCUCCUUGUUGCCGGCAUCCCAAACCCCACUAACCAUCUAUUCCUCCAAGGGCCUGGGGGAGUCCGGAAUGUUCCUGGGGUCAUCUGUAUUCUUUGCCAUCACUGAUGCUGUGGCCGCCGCACGCAGAGAGAGAGACACAGCCGAAGACUUCACAGUGAAGAGCCCAGCAACCCCUGAGUGGGUCCGGAUGGCCUGUGCAGACCGGUUCACAGAGAUGAUCCCAAGAGAUGACCCUAAGACAUUUAGACCUUGGUCUAUCCCUAUAGCAUAGCACUGCUGUCAUUUUUCUAAAAGGUGCUUCAGUUUUCUACAAGUGAAAAGAUGGCUUGUUAAUCCUAACUGGACUCCACACUGAUAUUCUUAUACUGAUGUGAAGAAGAAAAAAAUGACACAAAACUUAGAAACGUUAUUCAAGUCUGAUUACCUUGACAAGAUGAAUCAUUAUUUACGAAUCAUUAAUUUAGACUUUCUAGCCUAGAGCCACCAGACAACCACUGGGAUAGUCACAGCAAUCAAGUUUAAUGCUAAGUUGUUUCUGACAACAUCAUGUCAAUAUUGCUGUAAAAGCAAAUCUUUCCUUUGUGUUUAUCCAGUAUCAUUGGACUGUAAUGCAGGCUACAAUCCUAGAAUGAAAGACACUUUGCAGUAGAUAAGCAUGUGCUUACUUUCCCCAGGGAUGUGUUUGAUUCAGUGGCCACAGGUAGGGACACCACAGAGUUCUACAAGGUUUGAUUUUAUUUUGUUUUUACUGUGGAUUAGCUAUGGGUCCGUGUAUGUGCAUUUGACAGCAAAGCAGUUGUAUUUUCCUCAUUGUAGAUGAGCUAUUCAACUGGUUGAUAUUCUUUUGGAAUUUGGAGGGCAAAAGCAUUGUAAAAAUCGUUUUCAGUGUAGUAUCAUAAAACCCUUUUA